AUGACACAUAACCCUCCGGCCGCAGCGCGGCCUCCUCCGCCACGACGGCCUCCCGACACCCAUCGGCUUUCCCUCGAUCGGUCGACUACCAGGAUCAUUCCCCCGAUCGAUGGAAGACCACUGGGUCUACAAAGGCAGGUCGGACAGCUUGGAGGUGAUCGACCUGCAAAACGGCGCAAGGUAGAAGGAGAUGAGCCAACGAGCCUGGGCUCCGGCGCCAGUGAUAAAGCGCCGGCUGCCACAAGUCCCAAGUCUCUGUCCAAUGCAAAAGCAUAUCAUCUCCGUUUGCUCAAACCGUCAGUACUCGGGAGCCGCCAGAAAGAGGACGUGAAGAGCGUGAACGGCGACUUACCUGAUCUCCCGGCACGUCCAUGGCAUCACGCAGAACACUAUAACGCCACCGAAGAGCCCAAACCAACUCAUCGGUCGCGGGUCAAACUUCCCGUACCAACUACGCCCGACUCGCUGCAACUUCCUUCAUCGGCGCCCUAUAUUGUCCCUAAGAAGCCCGCCGGGUUCUUCCCAUGGACAGGGAAACAUCCCGAGGAUGUGCUCAGUGAUGUCAAUGUCAAACAAGGCUUUUUCGAUAAGCCACCCAAUCCACCGGAGAAGGAGCUGAACACGGCCAGGGUCCCACUUUAUAACGCCUUCAAACAUAAGUCCGGAGUCGAAAACUUAUCCAUCCUGUUCUCUCUCGUCCUGGAUCAGAAGAAUCAGCAUGGUCUGAUCAGCUCGGCCUCGACUUUCAAGCCACCUCCACGAGUCACGUUGACCGAAGCAAAACGGAAGUCCUGGAUUGCGGACCUGGCCAAUGCAGAUGUCCCGCUGAGGAAACUGAGUCGGACCAUCCCGCAAGGAAUAAGGGGCCAGAUCCUUUUGGACCUGUGUUUGCAAAGCUGCGUGCCCUUGAAUCGUGCAGUCUGGUUCGCCAAAUGUGUUUGUGCAAACGAGAUUCGGACCUUGAAGAGAAAAGGAACCACUCCUGCCGUCGCCGUUGGCGCUGAGAGCAAAUGGAUUCGCGAGUGGACUGUCAACGUCGAGCAAUUUGUGGAAACACACCUCGAACCCACAGAUCAUCCGGACUGGAGGUCAAACAUACAGUAUGCGCUCCAUCUAACCACGCGCCUGUAUAUGGAGCACUUAUUGGAUCGAGAUCACUAUCUGGAUUGGAUAGUACGGUCCUUCCACUUGGCGGAUCUGGGUCACACACCUUUCUGGCUGAUGGUCAUGCACAUCCACCAAGAAGAUAUAUGCCACUUUCGCAAACUGGGGGGGAGGCUUGCAGAGGUCCUAGUUGAGAAAUUCGAGCUUGUCAACAAACCUCUUGCUGAAAAUACAGCUCCGCUCCGGCAAAAGCUCUACCAUACGAUCCGGUGGCUGCUCCACUCCCGUCCUGUGAGCUUCCUCAUGCCGGAAAAGUGGCCACAAGCUGUCGUGUCCGUACGGUCGUGUCUUGACACGAAGGUCCUAGCAGAGCGUCAAAUGUUGGAUCAACUCAAUCGCAUCAAUGCAAGGACCAUGGGUCACAAUAAGCACGCUUAUACAGCCAAGCGCUCUACUCAUCAGGUGAUUGUGGAAGUACUGGAUUCUGCGCAACCUCCAUAUGACCUCCCGAAGCUUGCAGAAAGUCUGAGCGCAGCAUGUUCGGAUAUUCCUCGACUAAUUUUUACUUGUCUCGAGUGGACAUGUACGCGUUUUCGACAAUCCAAGUCUCGCAUCUUUCUCUUCGCCCGUUUGGCAAAACGUUGGCAGAGCGCCGGACAUGACGUUGACAAUGUUAUCCUGAAUUACCUCUCAGCAUGCAGGAAGGGAGACAUCAGUGCGGAUGGGAAGCCUUUGCAGCAUUUGGCUGCCCAGCUCUCGCGGUCGGGUUUGUUUCCUUUGAGCAAAUAUAUACAAUGGCUCAUGGUUCGAGGACUUCCCAAAAAGAGGGGCAUGGUGACUUGUCUGGAGCCUAUGUCAGUGGCUGCCGGACCCGGUGCUCUUCCGAUGGAAGCAGACCCCAGUCAGCUGUUGCUUCACGUGUCUUUGCAAAAUGUUGAGCAGCAUGUGAUCAAUCUGCGGAACUCGAUACUCCGUGGCUCUGGCUUUGACCCCGACGUGGAAGACAAUGUCUACCAGGACUGUGUUGGGUUUCUUGAGCAAGAACUCGCAUUACUAGAUCGCGGACCAAAGCCGUCGGAACCGAGGAUACCCACACCCGCCUUUGCGUCGCUGCCAUGGACUGUCAGAUCCCGGCUCGCCAUAUGGCUGCGCACGAAAGUCGCUGCCAGAGCGAAGGCUAGAGUGAAUGUGCCGUGCGCGCCAGCAGGUGUCAACCUUCUUGGGUCUCGAAUCCUCGACGUUGACCAAUUCGCAUUUGUUCGCAACGUUCUUGAGUGCAUGGAGGAUGAUGCUGUAUUGGCUGAUGUGAUAGGAAUUCUGUCCUGCUCGCAAGACGAUGAUCUGAUUGCGUCUCUUGUUGCAACGCUAUGUUUUCACGCAGAUGCUUUCUCGGCAAUCGGAGCACUGGAAGUGCUGCAACGGCGGGCAUGCCAAAUCUACUUGGGUUGGCGAACCAUCCGACCAACUAUGCCGCUUUUCACUUCGUCUCUGCUUGACCUCUGCACAGCUUACCCGAUGAAAACGCCGACGACCAGACUCUUACAGCAAGAUUUUGUCAGAGGCGAUCGAGGACGCGCGGUCGCAGCAUGUUCCCCUUACAGUGACGGCAUUGCUGAAUCAUUACAACAAGCCGGAGCAACCUUUGUCGAAGACUUUGAGGCUAUCCUACAGUCCGAACACAACAUGAACGAGCAAACAAUGAAUGGACUCUUUUCGGUUUUGGUGGACCGCAUCGAAAAGCAGCUUAAGUUUGGUUACAGUUCCACCACGGUGGCAUCGUUCUGCCAGCUUCUGAGCCGUUUGCGAUUAUGCAGAAAAGCUCAAGGAGAUCUGCUGAUUGGAAGGUGGAUGGCACAACUUGUGCCGUCAAUCGAUGCAACUUUUGGAUCUUUGUUGCUUCAAAAUCUCAUUGGCACUGGAUGUCUGACAUUUAGUGGCUUGUUCGAAGCAGCCCGCACUCCCAACUCAGGUUUAAGCCAAAGCUCAGCGACCAGGAGCUUGCUACAGCACCUCAUCACACCGCCGCCAGGUUCGUUGGCUGAUAUAGUCUUAUAUCGAACCCAGAGUCGCUGGUUCGAAUAUAUCCAGCGAGAAUCCCGGUCUGUCUUAGAACUACUCUGUGAGAUGGGCCUGGAGUCUACGUCUUUUCCAUUAGAAGAGACUCUGCUAGAUUGCCUAGUCAAAGAUGACACCAUCAGGUCGUCUCCGAUGUCUCACCCGGCGGAACAAUGGCUCCUCAAGGCACUCAAUCGCUCGCUUCGUUGUCAAGAAAGGCCUAUCAGAAAUGAAGACAUUCGAGCGCUUGUGAGCUCUAUCAACGUCUUCUCUCACCGAUUUGUGCAGUUGAGGCUCUGGCUUACUUCACGGUCUGGGCCAGAAAGCAGUCUGGCGCCGGAUGAAGAUGAACUCGUCAAGGCCCUCUCUGAGGCACUUGAGCAGAUGCUCCAGGAUCCCGCUGGCAACAAGGAGGGUGACGUCUGGUUCACGCAAUUGCUCGACGCAGUGGAGGUAAACGUCGCCAACCGACUGCGCCAUCAGGUCGAGAACGAGUUUUUGGGAGCAUUGCCAAAGUUCCAACUCAACAAGGCCACCACUUCGUUGCCGUGCGUCUUUUCCGGCGACGUCCACCAUCUGUCUUCGAUUAUGGAACGAGCUUAUCUCCUUUGCACGAAAUCCACCAGUCCGACUCUCGGAUUUCUGCCUCUGUUGAUUGAUAAGCUAACACAACAUCUCAAGGCUCUGGGCAGCACUUCCUCGGCCAUGGCCCUUUCAACAAGCGCUGGAAUUUCUGGAUCCCCGCAGAACACGAAUCAUCCUCCGCUGACGAGUGUGACACCCAGCCCCAUAGCAAACAUUACUUCCGAAGGCGGGCAUAGCGUGUUCCCGGGAAUGAUCUUGGAUUGCUUGCACCAUCUACUCCAAAUGCUGUGUCUCCAGCGCGUGGCACUGCGUGAUACUGGACCGGCUGGGCUGAAUCCGAAACAAGCGCAGUCCGAACAGGUACAGCUCCUCGUACGCCUAGCGUGGAUAGCGACACACCCGGCCAUUACGUCUGCACCGACAAACCUGACUAGCAAGGAAGAUCAGCAAAAGGCAAAGGACGUACUCGAAUUCACAUUUGAUGUCAUUGCAACUAUGAUGGACGAGGUCAGCGACGACGUGAGAAUGAUGAGUGCCAAAAUUCUGAAAGACAAGCUACAAGAUGCACGGAUGAAAUAUUUGUUUGGCAGCGUCAACAUCAUGGGGUCCGCGCAAGUGCGAGAUCUGGGCCAGGGAUUGCAGAUUAUCAAAGAAGCCAAGGGCUCGCUAGGAGAUUGGAAGCCUCGAGUGUGGGAGAUUUUGGACAAUGGCAGCGGGAAGGAAAGCGAGACAUCUCUUGGAUUGGGACUUUUUGGGGCACGGCAUAAAUGA